AGUGUACAGAGGUUUGAGCAGACAGAGACAGACUCCACAUGAAGCUGCACUACUGAUAGGAUUUCAGUUCAGUACAGUCAAGCCAUGACCAACUGGAUCAACACAUCUCUCGUUUUAGCUGCCUGCUUCUGUGUGUGCUCUGGAGCGGGGGACACUGUCACUCAACCUAAAGAUGAGACGGGUUUGGAGGGCAGCAGUGUGACACUCAACUGUCGGUAUGAGACCACUGCCAGUGCAGGUCAACAGUAUCUCUUCUGGUACCAGCAGAAACCAAAUGGAUUCCCUAGAUUCAUGCUGCGGAAAACAAAUUUUGACGAUGACACUGAUAAAAACUUUAAAGGAAGAUUUAACGUCACACUGAACACAACAGCAAAAACUUUUCCUCUGACCAUCCAGAAUCUACAAGUGUCUGACUCUGCUGUGUACUACUGUGCUCUGAGGCCCACAGUGACAGGAGUCUAUCACGUCAUGAUACAAAAACCUUUACCUCAAACCAGUAGUAAUACCCAAGGAAAUAAAAUCAUGCCAAACAGUGCUGAACUUCACAAGGUGGAGGGAGAUGAUUUAACCCUCUCCUGUAACUACAGCUCUGGAGACUAUCUACAGUGGUAUCGGCAGUACCCAAGAUCAGCACCUCAGUUUCUCUUGUUCAUCAUUAGUCCUGAUAGUCCAGGAACGUCUGAUGUGGAUCCUCGAUUCUCUGGGAGAAUGAAUAAGGGGAAAAGUCAAAUGUUCCUGGACAUCUCAUCUGCUAAACUCUCAGACUCUGCUCUCUACUACUGUGCCAUGAGGCCCACAGUGAAGGAAACAGGCACACUGUAG